AUGUCAUCUCCCUCUUACUGGCCACUCCUGGCCGCAUUCUGCCUUCUGCUUGGAGCAGCCCUAUUUACAUUUCUCCAGAGCCACGCUGCUGGUGCUAAAAAGCCACCCCUCCCGCCUCAACCUAAGGGCAAUCUCAUCCUAGGAAACCUGUCAGAGGUCAUCACAGCAAGCAAGGAGAGCCUACAGCAUUUGCUGAUGCAUCGCUGGGCUCGCGAGCACGGCGAAGUGUUUCGCGUGCGCCUCGGUCCAGUAACGGAGUAUUUCCUCAACUCGGAUCGUGCUGUCAAGGAAAUUCUGGAUCGCUCAUCGGCGAUAUCGUCCGAGAGGCCGCGCUGGAUCGUCAGCAACGAGCUCAUCUGCAAUCAGCUGAAUGUUCUUUUGCUUCAUGGGAGUGACCCGCGGUGGAAAACCCAGCGACGCGUGAUCAACGCAUAUCUGACCAGCGUUCCACGGGCAGAUGCUGGGUUGCCGUUUCUGCACUAUGAAACAGCAAGGUUCCUGUACGAUAUUACGAAUAGCCCGGAGACUGAUCUGGAUGGGACUCGGAUUUUGCGGUCGAUUGCUCGCUAUACGUAUAGCGCAUUUGCGACGCAGACCUUUGGGAUGGACAUACCUGAUGCAGAGGAUCCCGUCAUCGAGUACAUUCAUGAGACGGGUCUCGCACAGAUCCUUGGAACAAUCCCCGGAAUGCACAUGGUUGAUAUAUUCACAUGGCUAAACCAGCUACCGCUCUCCCUCAAGCCGUGGGAGCGAGAUGCCAGGCGGAGAUUCAAGCGAGAUCUAGAAUGGUGUCUUGCGCGCUUACAGAGGCUCAAAAACCCCGACUUCGCUGGGCAAUACAUGACCGAUGCGUUUCUUCCUUCAGUGAUUCGAGCACCAAACCGAGGCGGCUUCGACACCGAAGAGGAAGCAGCGUACCUGGCUCUUCAGCUUAUUAUCGGCGCUGCGGACACGAGUCAAAUCUCCACGUGGUCGUUCUUGGAGGCGAUGCUGCAAUACCCGGAUGUUCAGCGGAAGGCCCGGGCUGAGAUUGAAGCAGUAGUCGGCAAUCGUAUUCCUGAGUUCGCGGAUCUCGAGCGUAUCCCGUACAUUCGAUGCGUGAUGAAGGAGCUCUGGCGAUGGCGUCCCCCUGUUUCUCUCGGCCAUCCCCAUGUUACGACAAAGGACAUCAUCUACAACGGGCAACGAAUCCCUAAGGGUGCCCGGUUGCAUCUUAAUGCAUGGGCUAUUUCGCAUGAUCUGAAAAGACAUGAAGACCCAGAUUGCUUUUGGCCCGAAAGAUACGCCGAUGAUCACACAACUACAAUGCAGAGCAUCAACUCUGCCGACGUGACGAAACGCGAUCACUUCGCCUUUGGCGCGGGACGUCGCAUCUGCCCAGGCUACCAUGUUGCCGAGCGCUCGCUCGCCAUCGCCGCGAUGCGAAUCCUCUGGGCUUUUGAGAUCAAGUGGGCCCCCGGCACACAGGAGCCCGUCGAUCCGUUGACAUAUACGCGCCGCUCUGAGAUGCCCGGGAACCCUUCGUCGCGACUGCCCGUCACACUACGCGUUUUAAACCAGGAGAAGGCGGAUAUUAUCAAUCGCACGUUUGAAACAUUGCAGUUGGAACGUGCACCGAUUGCUAGUUUGUCUUCGUUGGAUUAA